AUGAGGCAGUGGAUGGAAAUGAAUAUGCAGUGUGGGCAAAUGCGAGUGUUUUGGAAAUCAAGGGAAUGGAAUGUGAGAAAAUCAACAUUUGAUUCAGAGAAAGAAAUCCCACUUUCAUUGAGAAGAAGGUAUUUUAGAAGGAGGGAAAAGAACAGACCAUCAAGAGACUCUGAAGACUAUGAAGAGCAGCAUGAUCAAAUGAUCACAUUUCCCUGUUCCAUAUGCAAGCAUGAAAUUGAUCUACCUGAAAUUUUCCUCCAUAAAAAGCUGCACAUGGCUCUGGCCACCCUGGGGUUUCAAUGGAUGGGUGGAAAGAAACCCGCGCUCCCACUGAUUUCCAUUCAGAGACAGUUUAUAAUCACUAAACUAUUGUCAUUUUCUAUAUUCACUGAAAAAAUCCUACAGAGCAUUAAUAAUGCUUUUGAGCUACUUUGGAAGAAACAAAUCCCAGCAUACUAUAAGAUUAUUGAUAACGUUCACAGGAGUUCCAUAUAUUCUCAAACAAUCUGUCAUGUAUUGAUUAAAGGUGUAGCCGUUUGUGAGGAUAGAAAUUCUACAUGGAAAGCUGACAUGAAUGAUAAAUUCACUGUGGUGAAUAACUUUGGCAAUAAACCCGAUGUGUGUUUUUUGGGUUUGUUCGAUGGACAUCAUGGUGCCUCAGCAGCAGACUUGACAUCAAUGGAACUUCCAAUUUUACUUCUCCAUCAACUUUCCAGAUUUGAUCCUUCCUACCAAAUGACUCCUGAAGAGCAAAACAUAAUCAAAUCCUUUCACACAGUAUUUAGGGAGGAAUACAUAGCUAUAGAAGAACUUUUUUCCUCCAUAAAGAAAAAGAGAAAAACGGUGAAAUGUGAGUAUGAGAACAUACACAAAGCCUUUGCAAAAGCAUUUUGGAGAAUGGAUAGACUUUUACGUCUCGGAAGGAAUGAAGUAUCCAGGGUUCGAUGGAGUGGCUGUUCUGCAGUUACUUGUAUAUUGGAAGGCAAUAUUAAAAAACCCUAUGCUAAGAAGAAUUGGAAAAUCAAUAAGGGUGAUGACUUGGCAAAGAGUUUCCCUUCCCAGAUGAUGCCACAAAUAAUGUCUGGAGUACUCCAUAUUGCAAACACUGGUAAUGUACAAGCAGUCUUAUGCAGAAAUGGAAAAGGCUUUUCCAUAACCAAAGAACACACUACGCGAAACAUAAACGAAAGACGACGACUACUUCAGAAUGGAGCAGUAAUUAGUUCAAAUGAACCAUAUGGGCUCCUAGAAGGGCAAAUAAAAACCACACGAGGACUUGGAUUUCAUGGAAAUCUCAAACUGAAAAAAUCUAUUAUCCCAGCACCUCAAACUAUCUCUGUCCCUAUAGAUGACUUAUGCCAAUUCCUUAUCUUAGCUACCAAUGGACUCUGGGAAGUUUUGGAUACAAAGGAAGUCACUGCACUGGCAAUGACAAUGUUUCAAGUGUAUAAAGAAACCUAUUAUUCUAACACACAAAAUGAAUCUUUACCAUCCAAAGAGCCUUUCCUAAUCUAUGAACCAAGCAAUUCUAUAUCAGAAAGUAAUAUCCGUAUAUUGUUUCAGUAUAAACCUGAAUCUACAGAAUGUGUGUCAACUAUAAAUUCAAAAGAAAACUUGUUUGAUUCAACAUGUUCUAACCCUAAAAAUUCACGAACACUUCCACCAGAAAUGACUAAUCAUGAUCUUUACAGUGAGAAAGAAACUAAUGGACCAACCAGUGUAGAUGAUGUGUCCAAAAAUGCAAGGGAGAAAGAAUCACGCACUAAAAAUUUCUAUGAAGGUGUAGCCAAGUAUAUUAGCCGUGAACUUGUAAGUGCUGCUUUAGUGGCUGGCUCCAGAGACAACAUUACAGUCAUGGUAAUACUUCUCAAGGGAAGUGAGUAUCAAGUUUCUGACUAAGAUAAAGUUUCAAUUAUCCAGAGUACAAAAAUGUAAAGACAAUUCUUCAAAGAACCAGAUAUUAGGAUAAUACAUCAAUACCAUGCAAAUAAUUUUUAAGAAUGUAUUAAAGAAACUAUAAAAGCAUAUUUUAGGUUACAUAAUACCAUUUAUAUAUGUUCACUGUUCCAUGCCAAAAAAGAGAAAAACCAGUACUUGCUUUUUAUACCACUUUAUUCCAACCUGAGCACCUCAAUAUAAAACUAAACACUGGUGAACUGUUUUCCUUACUAAUUCUGAAUUACUGUAAAUGUACAAGUUCUGCUAGCAGUUCAACACUUAAAUAGAUUAAAUCAUCUGACACAUGGUAGAUUUCAUAUAAUGAAAAUACCUAAAACAA